GAAAGCAGGGGGAGGGGGUGCCGCCGGGCAAGCCACGCCGACGCCGCCUUCCCCCAAGGACAACCACGGGAUCCACUGCUCCUCUGAUACCGGGCGAGAACGGAGCAGACACCGGCUUGUUGUUGCACGGAACGCCAGCAUCCAUUUUGGAGCAUUUGCCUCGUGCAGAGCACCACCGACCCCCAGCGCGAUGCCGUACACCCUGUACAACCUCUACGGCAGCCCGCCGUGCGCCUUGGUGAGGAUGCUGGCGAAGCACAUCGGCGUUGGUUUGGAGCUGAAGAACGUAGACACCUUCAAGCGCGAGCACUUAGCGCCGGAACACCUCAAGUUGAAUCCCUUCCACAAGAUUCCAACUUUCUCUGAUGAUGGCUUCAUUAUAUAUGAAAGUUCGGCUAUCUGCUACUAUCUGCUGAGAAAACACGCCCCCGAGAACGAGCUCUACCCGAACUGCCCCAGGGCCCGUGCGCGUAUCGACCAAGCUCUCGCCACGAUUACCAGCACCAUCCAACCUCACUACUUCAAGUUCUUGAUACCGCGCUUUUAUAAAUUGAAGAAGCCCACAGCAGAGAAUGUGGAGCAGUUUGAGGAGAACGUGGUCAAGGGUUUCGAGCACGUACUGGGAGACGGAAACUACGUGCUGGGUGACAAGCUCAGCGUCGCUGACCUCAGCUUGGUGGCUCACCUCGCCUUUGUUCUUGAGGUGCCUUUCCUGGAUGCUGAAAAGUACAUAAAACUGAAGGCCUACUACGAUCGCCUGAAGGUGGAACUGCCGUACUUCGAAGCAGUGAACCGGCAAGGAAUCUCCACCUUGGUGACCCUUUGCGCCGGUUUGAAAUAGAUUUCGGUGGCAUUAAUGUCACACCGUUCUGAAAAUAAACAC